UUCCGAGGGCCGUCUUCGAUCGCAAGAAAGGGAUAGGAGCGAGGAGCGCCUCCUCCUCCCUUCGAUUCCCCCCUCCUCUUAACUCCUUUAUUUAAUUUGCCUCUCAAGUCUCCGGCCAAUCGGUACUCGACUUCGGUCGAUAACGGGAUGUUGGCUCAGCGGCUCAGGAGUUCCGGCCGCGCGAUCUUUCGGACCGUGAGCCCGAAGGCUUGGGGCGGAGGUGGGAGCUCUAUUUGGCAGACCGUAGGGCUCCCCAACCUCAAGAGGAAAUCGUCGAACACCUGGUCGGCAGUCCAAGAGACCUACCUCUCCACCAAGCAAGUCUUUGAGAGUCACCGGGUGGUCUUCACAAUUGGGACAUCUUUAACAUCUAUUCUAACUGCUUGGGCAGGUUAUUCUUUACGUCAGUAUCAUCAAUCAAAAAUUGAGAAAAGGCUAGGAUCAAUUGAACAAGCUUUGAAAAAUAAUUACGAAGUUGAGCAUCAAGAGAUUAAAAAAAUUGUUAGCUCUGGAAAUGCCAGCACUGCAGUUUGUAUUGCUACAGCUUGGACUUCUCUGGUUAUUGGCUAUGGUCUGGGUUGGCGCGGCGGAGCAUGGUACACCAAUAGAAAAUUCCGGAGGGAGCAGCUCAAAUUGAUGGGUCAAAUAAAGCCGCAAAAAUGGCAAUUCCUGAGAAGACCAUUUGUAAGAUUCGGGAGAACCCGACCAGUCCAUAGAAUUCAAACGUCCCCUCCAGUGGCCAAUGCUGGCUCACUUGCUCCUCAGCAAUUGCACAAAUCUCAGUAACCUGUUACAGCAGCUGCAAUUUUGGUUCACUGUAGAUAUUUCUAAGGAGAAGACAGACAGUUACUUAGACAACCAUAUAGCUCUCUAAAUUUGAGGGAUUUUAGUUUGGAUCGUAUAGCAUGUGGGGUGCUGCCACCCGGUGGAAUGAUGGGUAAAUGGUUGCUGGUAUUAAGGAGAUUUAGGUCGUUCUUUGCUUGUUUUACUUCCAGCUCUGUUUCAUUUGCCUUGAGCAACUACUGAGAAGCAAGAUUUUAGAGCUCAGUUUAAGAAAUUCAUUAAAACUUUACCCAUUAUUAGAAUGUUUUUCAAUGCAGUCUUCUAAAAGCAUUAUCAUCUGUGA